GCUGAUUGGCGGGCGGACUGAGAGGUCGUGCAUCGCGCACCCACUACCCAAGUGUGUUACGUUCGAGAUUCAAAUUUUAAAUUUCGUAUUUACUGCGUGUGAGUUUUUUUUUGUUCUAGUGUUCGGAAUUUGAAUUUGAAAGUGUAGUGUGUGUUUUUUUUUUGACUUGAGUGGGUGACACCGGCCGGUGAGAACUCAAAGAGGAUGUAAAACAUAUUGGGGUCCCUGAAAAAGUCCUGGAUAAUCAAGUUUGAAAUCAUCACAUCAGUACCUACCAGUCGUGGACAUCUCAUCAUCACAUGUGGAAUCUAACCAUUCUGGUCAUCCACUUUGAAAAGUGGCAUAUUUAGACAAAAACUCACGAGAUAUGAAGAAUUAGAACGAUAAACCUUCAAAAUGGAGUCGACAGAAGACGAAUUUAUGAGCAUAUGCCUCAACCUGACCAGCGAGGAGGCUUUACUCGGAGGAUGUAACUACAGCAGCGAAUACGAAAACGGAGAACUCUUGGAGAAGGUCGUUUCAAGGGUUGUCCCCAUCUUCUUCGGAUUCAUCGGCAUUGUCGGACUUGUCGGCAAUGCUUUGGUCGUUCUUGUCGUCGCUGCCAACCCUGGCAUGAGAUCCACCACAAACCUUCUUAUUAUAAACCUGGCUGUCGCUGAUCUACUCUUCGUCAUAUUCUGCGUACCCUUCACUGCUACCGAUUAUGUCAUGCCACGAUGGCCCUUCGGGGACUUAUGGUGCAAAGUGGUGCAAUACUUCAUAGUGGUGACAGCUCAUGCCUCAGUCUACACCCUAGUUCUCAUGUCUCUGGACAGGUUCAUGGCAGUAGUCCAUCCCAUAGCGUCCAUGUCUAUCAGAACAGAGAAGAACGCUUUACUAGCCAUAGCUUGUAUAUGGGUGGUGAUAUUAACCACUGCGAUCCCCGUGGGUAUUUGCCAUGGGGAGCGGGAGUACUCCUACUUCCAUAGGAACCAUUCUUCGUGCGUGUUCCUUGAGGAGCAUGGUUAUAGCAAACUGGGUUUCCAGAUGUCUUUCUUCCUGUCUUCUUAUGUGAUUCCUCUAGCUUUGAUUAGUGUGUUGUAUAUGUGUAUGCUGACGAGGUUGUGGAAGAGUGCUCCGGGGGGGAGGGUGUCGGCUGAGAGCCGGAGGGGGAGGAAGAAGGUGACAAGGAUGGUUGUGGUUGUCGUCGUGGUGUUUGCUGUCUGCUGGUGCCCGAUACAGAUCAUCCUGCUGGUGAAGGCGUUAGACAAGUACAAUAUCACGUACUUCACGGUGACGGCGCAGAUCGUCUCGCACGUGCUGGCUUACAUGAACAGCUGUGUCAACCCUGUGCUGUACGCCUUCUUGUCGGAGAACUUCAGGGUCGCGUUUAGGAAGAUAAUCCAACUCCGCGCGGGGGGAAUAUUAGAGCUGUCAAAUAAUAUACUUAAAUUCCCGAUAAGGUAAUGUACUGCCCACCCCCAUACAACGAUGGCAUGUCGGGUCGCCCACAGCCCACCAAAACUACCCGCACGGGCAACGGCAACUCUUGCCACGAUAUUGUCUGAGAUUCACUCAAAAACAGGUCACGUCACCAAAAGGACCAAGCCACCGUAGUGUGAACGUGCCCUAAUAAAACGGACUUUUUAUAAAAUAAAAAUCGGUGUAAAUAUCUUUUGAUAGUUCUAAAAAUGUGUACCUAAAUUUUAAAAUUGUUACGUAGAACAUUAUAAUGUAAUUAUAAUAGUUAUUGUAUUUAUAAUAGAAUUGUAAUUAUUAUUUUUUAUAGUUUAUCGUUAGAUGCCUCUAACGUACUUUCAUAUUCUGAGCCCCAAUAUGUAAGUGCGUGUGAAAAAUCAACAAAUUCAUGUAAAUAUUACAAUUAUUGUUAUAUUUGUGUAUUUAAAUUUUAAUAAAAUGUAUCAAGUUUUAGUCAGACUAAAAAUGUGCGAAUUAGAUAUUAAAAUAAAUAGAUAAAACAUCGAAUUAUACGAUAGCUGUAAACAAAAUGUAAAUAAGAAUUUUAAUUAUUUUAUAUUCAAAUAAUUACAUUGUAAUCGUAAAUGUAAUUACAUAAAAAUAUUUAAUAACACAUUUAACAUUGUAAUCAUAAAAACAAAUAGUUUCAAAUUACAAAAUAAUAUUGUUGUAAUUGUAUAUACAUUAUU